AUGGCCCUCCUACCACGGUCAACCCUCGCCGCCCUGUAUCUACUCCUCUUGGCUGCCUGCAGUGUCAGCGCGACAGCCCUCACCGCCAUGCUCGGCGCGAACGAACGGAGCUGCUACUAUGCCGACGUCGAUGGGCUGGGAGAGAAAGUUGGCAAGUCGUGCUUCUACUUUGCAGUGCAAUCAGGGGGCAACUUUGAAAUUGACUAUAUUGUCAUGGACCCGGAUGACAAGGUGAUACUGGAAGGCGUUGCCGAAAAGCAGGGCGACUAUAUCUUUACUGCCAACAAGCUCGGAGAGUUUUCCUUUUGUUUUGAGAACGAAGCGUACACACAGGACAAGCUGCUGGAUUUCGAGCAAGUCUCAUUCUCCUCCCUCAUUAUGGUUGAAUCCGAGCCCCGCCGUAUCCUCUCAGGCCAACAACCACCUCUCAAAGAGCACACCUCCGCCCUCGAAGAGUCCACGUACAAGAUCUCCGGCGUCCUCAACUCCAUCGCCCGUACCCAAAAGUACUUCCAUACGAGGCACCAUCGAAACUUCUCUACUGUGAAGAGUACGCAGGGAAGGAUUCUGUGGUUAACAAUCUUGGAGUGUAUUAUCGUCGUUGGGAUGGCUGCGGCCCAGGUCUGGGUUCUCAAGACGUUCUUCUCCAGAGGCAGCAGAAGGUACAAGGUGUAA